AUACAGGUCAGACAGUGUGUGUGUGUGUGUGUGUGUGUGUGUGUGAGAGAGAGAGAGAGAGAGAGAGAGAGAGGCAGAGUCAGUCUCUCCACACACACAGACAGAAAGCAGAAGACCAGAAGCAGAAUUUUUUUCCUCAGAACAGUGACUCGCCGUCUGUUUGUGCCGUUUUCUUUUUCUACAGGAGACUUCAGCUCAAUAUGACUCAUCACAGAUCCUGUUUUUGUUCGUGAGCAAUGUCUUAAACCUUCCUGUUCCUGUUCCUCUGCGGCCGACUGAACUGAAGCAGGGCAGAAGAAGAGACGAGAAACUUAUGAGAAAAUUUUUGAAAAUAUUAAAAGUCAAAGUAAAAGUAUCAUCCUGCCAGUGAUGGGCUCAGUGCACAUUCGAUACUUCAGGAGGGUUCAGCGAAUGGGAAACAGCAACCAGAGAAAAUCCAAAUCAGAAGACGCUCCGAUACAACCCUUGAACCUGGUGUAAUUAUCUCAAAAGCUGUUCCUGACCUCCUGUCGUCACCUUCACACACAGCCGUCACUGCCACCAUUGACAAUGAAGACGGCGCCCCCUGCUGACAAACCUGUAAACUACACACCUUCACUUUCUGAAGGGAAUGAAAACUGUGCACCUGUCAAAGCACCUGUCAGCGCACCUGAAUCAUGUCUCACCUGUGUGUCUCUGAGCAGUGAUUUUUCCAGAGGCCUGCCCCCUGUGUUCAGCAGCGCCCCCCCUGGAGAAGAGAAGGAAAACUGUGCACCUGCACCUGUCAAAGCACCUGUCAGCGCACCUGAAUCAUGUCUCACCUGUGUGUCUCUGAGCAGUGAUUUUUCCAGAGGCGAGCCCCCUCUCUUCAGCAGCGCCCCCCCUGGAGAAGAUGACGAAGUCCAAACAGAAACUCAAGAUGAUCCUCACUUUUUUGAGGAGGUUGGACGUCGCUCUGUGAAUCUGCCCAAAGACGUUCUCUGUGAAGAACAUGAUGAACAGGACGCUCUGCUGCUCUACCAGAACAAGUUAAAGGCUUUUUACACACACAAGUUUAAGCCUGGCCUGAAGGGGGAGCUGCAGUCACAGAUAAACUCUAGACUCUAUCUGACAGAAGAGACCCCACAGCAGCAGGACUCUCCCCUCCACAGCUCCGACCUGUUCAGACCCACAGCCGGAGCCGGAGCUGCGGUCAGAGGCUGGUGUCCUGGGACGGUCCUGACGGUGGGGGAGGCGGGUGUGGGGAAGAGCCUCCUGCUUCAGUGCUCUCUGCUGGACUGGUGUGAGGGCACAGCUCUGGAAGACGUGCAGAUCAUUGCUCUUCUGUCUUUCUCUGAGCUGAACCUUCUCCAGAACCAGAGCAGGACUGUACAGGAGCUUCUGGAGGUCUCCUGCCCUGGUCUGAGCAGGUCUGGUCUGAUGGACCUGUCUCAGCUCAAACUGCUCCUGAUGCUGGACGCUCUGGACGAGUGUCUUCUGCCUCUGGACUUCUCCUCUCAGCUCAGAUGUUCAGAUGUUUCCAAGUCGAUGCCUGUGGAGACUUUAGUAACCCACCUGUUGAAGGGGGACCUCCUGCCCAACGCCCAGCUCUGGAUCACCUCUCGCCCUACGGCCGCCUCCUCCAUCCCCCCCACCCUCAUACACAGAGCCACAGAGCUGCGCGGCUUUACCGACCACCACAAGGAGGCGUACUUCCUCCAGCACCUCCAGGAUGAGAGCCUGAGAGCUCAGCUUCGCUCCUGUGCUCCUGUCUACAGUCUGUGCCGCCUGCCUCUGGUCUGCUCCAUCAUAACUCAGCUCUGUGAGAAGACCAACACCAGGGUCACACACAAGCAGAUGUUUGUCCACCUCCUCACCCACCACAUGAAGAAGAUGCAGCAGAGAUAUGGACUCCACCAAACACAAGUCCAUCGAGUCCUCCUGGCUCUGUCCAGACUGGCCUGGGAGCAGCUGCAGGGAGGGCAUCUGACCUUCUGUGAGGAGGAGCUGGAGGCCUGUGGAGUGGAGGUGAAAGAAGCUGUGGUGUACUCCGGAUUGUGCACGCAAGUGUCCAGAGGGGGGAGCUGUGGAGUCCAGAGGAGCUUCAGCUUUGUGCAUCCAUCUGUGCAGGAAGGUCUGGCCUCACUGUUCCUCUAUGAAAAGAUCUGCUCCGACCCAAACAGAUCCAUAAACCUGCUCCACCUUCUGAACCAGAUGAUCCAAGAGGAGACCCAGAGACCAAACCAAGACCAGGACUCGGAACAAGACCAGGACCAGAACCAGGAUCAGGACCAAGACCAAGACCAAGACCAGACCACGACCACGACCAAGACCAAGACCAGGACCAGGACCAGGACCAAGACCCGGACUUGGCUCAGAGAAAUCUACAUGAGCAAUCCAGCCACAACUGGGUAAAAUGUGCUCGUUGUGCUGGUCCCAAGCCCAGACAAAUGGAGAGGGUGUCAUGACAAGGUUUCUGGACCAAAGAAAGGUGGAGCUCUGUCCUCUAGAUGAGUUCAUGUAUCUUGGGUCUAGUUCUAGAGUGAGGGUUUUAGCCUGAUGCUGGUGGGUUUAGACCUGGUUUAGAUCUCUGCUUUUACCCUCACCUAUGGUCAUGAACUUUGGUUAAUGACCAAAAGAACAAGAUUGCAGAUACAAGCAGCCGAAAUGAGUUUCCUCUGCAGGCUGGCUGUUCCCUCCCCUCGCAGCUGAGGGAGGGCAUCUGUUUCAGAUGCCUCCCUGGGAAGGUGUUCCGAUCACGUCCCAUCAGGAGGACGCCCUGGAGAAGACCCAGGACACGCUGGAGGGACUAUGUGUCAGGGCUGGCCCCUGAACGCCUCAGGGUUGGGUGGGAGUGAGCUCCAGAUAUAUGUACAUACUCUCUAUGGGGUUAUUUAAUCCCAUCUGUUUAUUUGUAGUAUGUGAUUAGUAUUGUACACUUGUACACGCUGGCGUGUCCCAUUAAACUAUUAAAGGACUUUUAUUCUUAUUCCAAAAGGGUGCCUCUGAUUUUUUGACCACUUUGUAGUAAGUUUGUCCAUUGCAGACUCAGUCAUGUUCACUGUGUUGUUCAUGUUCAAUUUUGAGCCUCGUCUUUGAGGAGCACCUGUUGUGGACUAAGACAACCUGAAGCUCUCACGUCCUCUGUGUUUUUAUGCAACUGUUUUUAUUUUGUGAUGUUUUCAGAUUUUUCUGAGCUGAGUGUCUUGGCUGAUACUUUGGACAGGUCUAUAUGAGAGAUGCUGAAUCUCAAUGUAACUUUUUAAAUAAAGGGUAAAUAAAUACAAAAUAAAAUAAAACAUGAUUUCAGUGA